GACGCAUCUUGAAUUAUACACGGUACUCAUCACGAAGGAACAACACCCCUUAAUGACUUGAUUGUGUAGUGAAGUGAUUUUUGUGAAAUGCCUCGUAAAAGAGUACACAAAUCGCCCUCGUUUGAUAAGAAGGAUGAUGAUGACGAUGAUUUCUUCUUUGAUGAUACACAAUCAAGUUCUGGGAGAAGUGGCCAGGAACCUCAGCACAGAAACGCAGCUAAUGCCAGGGAACGAGCUCGAAUGCGAGUAUUGUCCAAGGCAUUUUGCCGAUUGAAAACAACGUUACCCUGGGUUCCGGCAGACACCAAGCUAUCGAAGCUGGAUACUUUGCGACUAGCUGCGUCGUAUAUAGCUCAUUUACGAGCACUGCUCCACGAGCCACGCUCGCAGCAUACACCGCCGCAUCCAUUAAGUUUGGCAUGGCCAUUUACAUUUCAAAAUGGCGGCGCGCUCAGCUGUACAAUUUCCCAAAGAUGGAAUCUAAACAACGAAAACACAAACCGAACUUCCCAAAGAGAUGUUGGCGAGGAGAAUUAUCAACAGGACUUUUCGGAAAAUGAUUAUGAAGAGAGAAAUUAUGAUGAAGCAGCAGAGCCUUCGUAUUCUAAUACAUAUUGUAAUUAUGGAUAUAAGGAGAAUUAUUAUGAAAUGAGAAACACAUAUUCUUCUGAUGUUAUGCAUAAUAUUUAAAUUGUAAAGGAAAUAUAUACUCAAACGACUUUUCCUCAGAUUUUUUAUCGCAACAGUUUAAAAAAAAAAAUCCAGAGAAAGGUUUAUAAAAAAAUCUAUGUAGUUUAAAAUAAAACCUCUUAUCCUUACCUCUGCAGUUUAAAAGAAACGGGCGCGUAUAACUAUGAUAAUAAUCUCAGAAACCAAUUCAUUUUUGACUAUCGGAAAAUCACAAUAGACGGUAAAUCCACUAAUGCACGUCUAUAAUAUUAUGUCUUACCUUUUAAUCUUUUCGCUGCGGUGUUUCCACGCUGUCGAGUUAGUCGGAUAUGUUAAACUUAAAUGGGUGGAAUUGCGAUAAGGAAAAGUCUAGUGAUGUGAAAAGUACAGUUUUUAUCGAAAUAAUAACGAUAAUAUUUGCAUUUAUAUAGUUUACAGUGAGCGAUACAGUGAUAAACUAAAUAUGGUCAAUUUGUAAAAUGUAUGUAAAAUAAAUAAUAUAUAACUUC